AUGGGGGCUGCAGUGCUGCCUGCCACCCUCCUGCUGCUCUCAGUACUCCAGGCUCAGACCCUGAUGGAGAUCCAGAAUGGAGCUGAUGACAUGCAAAUCCUGUGCUUCAAAGACAGUGAGGCUCCUACUAAAGUGGAGCCUCGCGUGGCAUGGGCAAAGCAGAUGGGACGCUAUUAUUGGAAGUUGGAGAGAGAGAGUCUGCAGUAUUAUGCACAGAAGGCCCAAGAAAAUUUGCAAUUUGCAAUCCAGAUCUAUAACCAGAGCGAUGACGGCUCUCAUACCUUCCAGUCUCUCAUUGGUUGUGAAGUGGGUCCAGACCAACGCUUCCUCCGUGGGCACAAUAGACAUGCCUUUGAUGGAAGCGACUACAUCAGCCUGAACGAGGACAUGAGAACUUGGACUGUGGCAGACACGACAGCUCAGAUCACCCAGCGACAGUGGGACGCAGAAAAUGUGUCAGAGGACAUAGGCAUCUUCUUCGGGGGCCGGUGUGUACCUUGGCUACUCUGGCACCUGGAGCUAGGGAAGGAGAUUCUGCAGCGCUCAGAGUCACCUCUUUGGCCCACAAUUGGAAUGACUAUUGGUGUGGUUCUCCUUGGAGUUGUGGUCACUGGAGCUGUGGCUGCCAUUGUGAUGGUGAGGAAGAAAAGUUCAGGUAGGAAAGGGAUUGGUGUCUGA